AUGAGUAAUACAGUGGUUAUUGACCUUGGAAGUCAAACGAUUCGAUUUGGCCUUUCUGGGAAUCAACUUCCAUCAAUAUACUACAUACACUUUGAUGACAUAGAAAUAGUUGAAAAAUUGAACCAAAAUAAAACUGUACAAAGACGAAGUAAUCCAAUGAGCAGAGGUAAAGUCAUUGACUGGGAAGAGUUACAAGACAUUUUUGAGGAGGUGUUUGAUAGUUUUAAAAACAUUUAUUAUGAUGAUAUACUAAAGGGUGCAAGUGUUCUUGUUACUCAUCCAUUAAAUACACAAACUAAUUUUCCAUUUCUAAUGGAACAAAUUUUAUUUGAAUAUUUUGGUGUGUCUAAUGUGUGUCUAAAACCACAGCCAUUGAUGGCUCUUAUUCAAAGCAAUAAAACAAGUGGUUAUGUAGUACAAAGUGGUAGUGAAAUUACUCAAAUUGCUUGUUACAACCAAAUGAGAUUAGAGCCAGGUAGUUGUCAAAAUGUUGAUAUUGGUGGUAUUGAUAUAACAAAAGAUUUUAAUCAAAGAUUUCACCAACAUUUAUAUGACAUUGAUACUGACAAAAAGAAAGAAUUAUUUUUUAUUCCAAAAGAGUUACAAAACGAAGGUGUAGAUAUUACUUCCUUACCAUACCAGCAUGUUUGUUAUUCUUCAAAUAAAGGUCAAGUUAUUGACAUUGGGAAUGAAAGAUUUUAUUCAACUGAAAUUUUGUUUAAAGGAAAAACUUCUAUUACAUCAGCAUUAACAAAAAGUAUUUGUACUGUUAGUAAGAAAAAUAAAGUCUUGCGUGAUAUUUGUGUUUGUGGAGGAAAUUCAUUCAUUCAUGGAUUUAUUGAACGAAUUCAACAUAAUGCUGAUUCUGUUCAAAACAAUUUUUUUAGAACAUACUCUAUUAAUACUCUUCAUGAAUCUUUUAUUGGAGCAAAUAUCUAUGCAGGAUUGCCUUCUUUUAAAUAUCAAUUGUUUAGUAUUAGUAAAUAUGAGGAAGAAGGGACGUAUGUAUUUUAUUAA